AUGAGAAUUACGCGCCACAGUCUAGUAUGACAAGGGUCCUGCACAUGAUGCAACGAAGAGACCUCAACAAACAUUAACAUGCGGGUCGGAAACGACAGGAAGUAGUCACGCAAAACGAACUUUGCACUGCCCCAGCUACAGCCAGGCGAAGAGGCCAAAUAGCCAGCUUGAUUUUAUAGCUCGUGUCACGUUUUACACCGGUAAAGUAACUUUACGACGCUCCCUAGUCGCCACUUCCCACACGACCCUUGCCCCUCGCCGUGUUGCUCGCCGCAGUGCUGUAGCAUGCAGCGGGUGACGACAGGAGGGCUGCGCACGCUCCGACAGAGCCACAUUAUCAGCGACCUGCUCGUACAUUUGCCGGGGCCCGUGGCUCGUCGAAACAUGUCGUCGUCUCCGGUGAAGCGGCCGGUUUCCUUGCUGGGAACCAUGGCGUUCGGCGGCCGAGCUGACGCCGAGCAGAGCCUGGCGAUGGUGCAGACUUUCCUGGGGAGGGGGCACAACCACCUGGACACGGCCUUCAUGUACGUGGAUGGGAAGUCAGAGACGGCCAUAGGGGGCAUGGCUCUCCCCAAAACAGUAAGCAUCGCCACCAAGGCCAACCCCUGGGAUGGGAAGACGCUGAAGCCAGAGAGUGUGCGCUCCCAGCUCGAAACCUCCCUUCAGAGGCUGCGAACCGACUGUGUGGACCUUUUCUACCUCCAUGCCCCUGACCACCAAAACCCCAUCCAGGAUACUCUAAGGGCCUGCAAUGAACUCCACAAAGAGGGAAAAUUCAAGGAGUUCGGCCUGUCAAACUAUGCAUCAUGGGAAGUGGCUGAAAUUGUGUGCCUCUGCAGACACAACAACUGGAUCGCUCCCACUGUUUAUCAGGGGAUGUACAAUGCCACUACAAGACAGGUUGAGACAGAGUUGCUGCCAUGUCUGAGAUACUACGGAAUGAGAUUCUACGCAUACAAUCCCCUAGCAGGGGGCCUUCUGACAGGCAAGUAUCAUUACGAAGACAAAGAUGGUUCCCAGCCUGCAGGACGAUUCUUUGGUAACAACUGGGCCGUAGCAUACCAGGACAGAUACUGGAAGAAAAGUCAGUUCCAGGCCAUAGAUGUGGUUCUAAAGGCCUUGGAGACAGUGUACGGCUCAGAAAAACCCAGCCUGACUUCUGCUGCCAUGCGCUGGAUGUACCACCAUUCCCAACUUAAGGGUGAUUUUGGAGAUGGAGUCAUCAUCGGCAUGUCAAGCAUGGAGCAACUUCAGCAGAACUUGACUGCUGCAGAGGAGGGUCCUCUGGAUGAGAGAGUGGUCGCUGCCUUUGAUGAAGCCUGGAAUCUUGUAGCCCACGAGUGUCCGAACUACUUCCGAUGAGGACGCCCUUCUCACUGCAGAGCCAAAAUCUCCAUUACAGUUGAAUCAAAUAUCAUUUUACGUUUUUACAGAAAACAGAGGGGCUAAUUACUUAAAUUUACCUUUUUCCUGAAAUCACACUUGAAAUUUUCCAUUGUGUAAAUUUAAAAAUGACAAGAUAUUUUUUCAGUGAGAAAUAACUUUUUCUGGAGCCUGACCAAAUUAAACUGUUACAUUAAAAAGAAAACAAAUUUUUGUCA